CCACCGUCAUCUCCUUCUUCUUCAAGUUCCAUCCAUGGCGGACAUCGGCUCGGUCUCGAACAAGAGAAUGUCGUGUUCGAUCCCCGAGAGGUUCCAGCUCCACGCCGCCAUGUUAGCCUUGCAAUUCGGCUACGCUGGCUUCCAUGUCGUCUCUAGAGCUGCCCUCAAUAUGGGCAUUAGUAAACUCGUCUUCCCUGUCUAUCGAAACGUCAUCGCUUUGCUCCUCCUCCUUCCCUUUGCAUAUUUCAUGGAAAAGAAGGAUAGGCCUGCGCUUACUCUCAACUUUGUUCUUCAGUUCUUCCUCCUCGCUCUCGUUGGAAUUACUGCAAAUCAAGGGUUUUACUUGUUGGGUUUGGAUAAUACUUCCCCAACCUUUGCUUCUGCUAUUCAGAAUUCUGUCCCUGCUAUUACUUUCCUCAUGGCUGUACUUCUCCGGAUAGAACAAGUUCGACUAAACCGGAAAGAUGGGAUAGCGAAGGUGGUAGGCACUCUAUGCUGCGUGGCCGGAGCGACGGUGAUCACAUUAUACAAAGGCCCCACCGUCUACAGCCCGGCAACGACAGUGACGGUGCACAGCACGGCGGAGACGGCGGGGAUGCUGAUGGGGCCGGGAAUGUUCCCGUCACUAGGCGACGCAAAGGGCAAAAGCUGGACGUUAGGGUGCAUGUACUUGAUCGGACACUGCUUGUCGUGGUCGGCGUGGCUGGUUCUACAAGCUCCGGUGCUGAAAAAGUACCCGGCUCGACUCUCCGUCACGUCAUUCACUUGCUUUUUUGGCCUCAUCCAAUUCUUCAUCAUCGCUGCCGCGUUCGAGCGCGAUGCUCAGGCUUGGCUCUUCCAUUCCGACGCCGAAGCCUUCAGCAUUGUUUAUGCGGGGGUGGUGGCUUCCGGGAUAGCGUUCGCCGUACAGAUAUGGUGUAUUGACAGAGGUGGUCCGGUCUUUGUGGCUGUCUACCAACCGGUUCAGACCUUCGUUGUUGCGCUCAUGGCUUCCUUCGCUUUGGGUGAAGAGUUUUACUUGGGAGGGAUCAUAGGGGCGGUGCUGAUUAUAUCGGGACUAUACCUUGUGCUGUGGGGCAAGAGCGAAGAGAGGAAGCUCUUAUUGGAAUGGGCAGUAAUCCAGUCUACUCCGGACCAUGUUACCAGCAGAACAAGCGGCCACAUCAAGCCGUCUCUUAACCAGCCACUCCUGCAUCCUACGGCUGAAAAUGUUUGACUUGCCUUAGAAAAAACACA